CUCUCAGCGUUCAAGCACAAAAUUUUUGUAAAAGUAAAAGAAAUUGUAUUUAGAAUAUGGCUGGUUUUGCACAGGAGUACAUAACACUGACUCAACUGAAUUGCGUCAAGGAAUGUCGAGCGCUAAUUUCGAGUCCCAGACAAAGAAAUUAUUUAACAGCCGCCGCAUUAUUUGGCCUAUAUUGCGGUGUAUUGUUAUAUCGCUCGUAUACCAAGUAUUUGGCGGAUUUGCACAAUAAAAAGGAGGAAGCGAUCGACUUGGAAGCCGAGGAACUGGAACUGCAGUCCGAGGAUAGUUACGUCUUUGAUCCACCGCCAGUGACGUCCAAGGAAUUGCUAUUGCCACCCAUUUACGAUCCAAGUGCCAAUUUAGGCGAUGUCGAAUUGACACAACGAUCCGAAAUCGAGCCAUUUAUUCGGGGCUCAACAAUGUAAAUUAAUGAUACAGAUAUGUAAUCAAUAUUUCGGCAUAUUUCAAAAAUGGUUAACAAUUAAAUAGAGGUUUUUGAAGAUUCAUAAUA